AUGAGCUGCAAAGUGGAGCGACACAGCAGCGCAACGCGGCCGAUGGCCACAGCCACAGCCACAGCUACAGCAACAACGACGGUUAUGACGCUCACCAAAAGGCGAAAAUCUCACAGAGGCCCAAAUUCCUCGCUGGCCGGCAGAAUGUCGCCGAGGAAGACCACGAGUUGGCCGCUUUCCGCAGCCACGAUGCACCACAGCUUCGGCCCGGCGCAGUCGCUGCGCUGGCUGGGCGUGUUGGCGCUGCAGCUGCUGCUGCUGGCCACACGUAAUAUCGAAUGUCGUCAAGACGUGUACGCAGGUCCAUCCAUUUCACAAAUAUCUCCAAAAUCAAGCAGUCAUGUAUUGUCUGGGGCCCCGCUGCUUUUGCACACCUCCCCGAAAUUAGUGCUCGAGAGUACGAUUGCCGAUACAAAUAAUAUUGCUGCGGGUUUACUUACGACGCACGACGACAUUGAACGUGAUGACAAUGAAACACGUCAGCACAUACGCAUGGAACGUUCUGCACAACCAAUAUUGAACGAAAACUAUCCGAAAUCUGGACCUAAUGAUGUUCAUUUUCCCAGCGAUACGGAGAAAGAAGCUGGCGCUGGCCAUUAUUUCCAAUACAACAUUAAGCCGACAAGUACCCUCAAUGAUGGCAGCUCAGAAGCGCCGGAGCGGACACAAAGGGCUCGUGUUGGCAAAACAUUGAAGCCUUCUUUUAGUGGCAUUGCGUCUACGCCUUUGCCAGCCACCACUUCAGUAUCGGAGUCUUUUUUAGCGAAAGGGGGCCUGCGACCGCUUACGUCGGGGUCCCCGAUCAACCCGAGCCGCAGUACUGCUAUCUCGACAGCGGCCACUGCCACGGCCUUGCCGCAUAAUCCACGGCAAAACUCUAAUCCGGAUAUACAGGAUAUAAUAACUGGUAUUGUGAAGCUCCUGAAUGGCAAUGUUAACGUUCAUGCUAAUACACAAGGACUUCGGCGUCCAUCUGCUAGUCGUAUUAAUAAUCGUGGGCCACCACGUAUAUCUGAUGUGCAGACAUUACCGAUAGAUUAUGAUACGCAAAAGAAACCAUUGGGCUCAUCUAUUCGUCCGCCGCCAUAUACAGGGCCAUUCGAUCGUCCGGAGCGUCCAUUUAUUACAGGUGUACCGAUUCCAGAGCAAAUCGUCCCGUUGAGGCCGGGAUUUAUUAGUCAACGUCCACCAUGGCAUCGACAGAAACCACGACCUCCAAUUACUACUGCUAUUGGAGGUAGACGUCCGAUACCACAAUAUAAACCAAUGCCGAAUUCCCAGUUAUCGCCUCCUGCCGCUGAGGAGUCUGCUGCCCCUGUGAAAGACACGCCUGAGAUGUCAUCACCACAGCACUCAGGAGAAAUGGAAAUUUCCGUUCCUCCGGACUAUAACGAUGCAAACGGUGAUGUGCCUAAACCAACUGACGCCACUUAUGAUUCAGAAUUCUCUAAUGAGGACACAAAUUCGCAAUAUAUUGAAGUCUCUGAUCAGGACUCCAAUGAAACAGCUGAUCAAGCUCCUAUGGGGGUUGACAAAGACGAAUUAGAAGAGGAAGAUACAGCGCCAAUCCAAGCAUCCCCACCGCCUGCAAAGAAAGAUGAGCAAAACAGUAAGAAGAAACCCAGUAAACAUAAAGGUGUCGACAAGAAGAAGCACACUCAAGAAGAUUAUGCAGCAAUAAUAGAAACCAGCUCCACUGCCCACACUGAGAUGCAAAUAUCUUCAACAUAUGCCCCAAUGCCAAUGGAGAUUAGUGAAGGUGCCACUAUUGACCCAUCUACAGAAGAGGUUAUUUUCAUGACGCCUAGUAAGACACCAACACUGGAGAUCAGCUCUCAAUUGGAUGACACAAGUUCAUCUACUGAAAUAAUAACUCAAAGCUCCAUUAUCACGACAGCCUUACCAAAUACAACUAAGAGCCCGGUUGUGCUAAGCCCAUCUAUCAGUACUGAACUGUUGGCGACCAUUCCACCUGCUUCAACUAAUACCACACCCAAACCACUUUCCACCACUACUACUGCCAGACUAUCAACUACCACAUCUUCUACUACCACUACCUUCACCUCUGUCGCCCCGCCCGUGACGACCCCUGCUAACACCCUCCCCAUGCCAGUGCCCCAACCUCCAUCUGAUUUUCAACCACGACCAGGAUUAGUUCUUGAUGAUCCAGAAUUCAAACCAGGUGGACGACCGCGGCCACCCAGACCAAUUCAAUCACGUCCCGUUGAUGUGCAACAACAACCAUCAUACAAUAUUCAACCCACACGACAGCACUUGCCUCCUGGCUAUGGGGAAAUAUUUGACGUAACUCUAUCGGCCAUACAAGGUCCUGGGUCCGCAGGCGGUUCGCAACAGACGAUUAAUAUUAAACCAUAUGGCACUUACGGCAACAGUGGGGGACAACAAGGGGAUAUAAUACUAUCUGCCGCAGAUCCACCCGCAGGAGUACCCACUACACCGGCGACGGCAGUACCACAAAUACCUGGAAGCGGUGUCACUGUAGGAAGUGGUGUUGGCAAUGGUAAUGGUAUUGAUAGCAGCAGCGCAAAUGGUGGAUCCAGUGCAGGUAAUGCAGUUACUCAGAACAACUUACCCAGUCUAGGAUCAGGAUAUGGUAUCCCCGAAACAGAGGUUGUAGAUUUGGAGCCCACCAAGCCCAAUAACGUAAAACCACAAUCGUCUACAACUAAUUCUGGACCAACGAGACCUCACUAUCGUUCGCGACCAACACAACCACCUGUGCGCAUCGACACUUGUAUUGUGGGCGAUGACUCGACCUGCGAUCAAGCACAACAUGAACGUUGCAAGACCGAGAAUGGUGUAUCCAGCUGUCAUUGUAGACCCGGAUAUUCGCGUCGCAAGCAUCGAGAACCCUGCAGAAAAGUUAUAUCUUUUUAUUUGGGCAUGCGUGUGGAUCGUAUUUACGAGCAUCGUAUUGUGUGGGACAAUAAACUUUUGGACAAACAUAGCGAACCCUAUGGACAAUUGAGCUACGAGUCGAUUCGAGCAAUCGAUUCGGCAAUGUCGAUGACGCCCUAUUCGGAUGAAUUCAUGGAUGCUCGAGUUAACAAUAUUUACCGUGGUGAUCCAAAUCUGGGUGGCAGCGGUGUUUUUGUGAACAUGACCAUCAAACUUGACGAAAGUGUGGAAACUUUGCGGCCAAAUCUGCGCGCUGAUGUUCAAAAACAUUUGUUGGGCGUGCUCCACCGACGGAAUAAUAAUAUUGGUAACUCUGUUCUAUACGUGUCUUCGCCGGAGGGCUCCAUAACUGCCUUACACGAUCUGGAUGAAUGUCAGUCUCGCGAGUUAAAUGAUUGUCAUGCGAGUGCGUCAUGUUCUAAUUCAUGGGGAAGUUUCCGUUGUGCUUGCGAAGUAGGACUCCGUGAUCCAUGGGCCGAUCAACCACAGCGCGCUGGUCGCGACUGUCAAUCUUGUCCGGACUCAUACUGUAACAAUCGUGGAACUUGCAGUUACAAUGAAGAAGGAAAUCAAGUUUGCGCUUGCGAUUCCAGUCAUUAUGGCGGGCAAUGUGAGAUAGAUGGGGAAGUUUUGGGUGUGGCCAUUGGAGCUUCCUUGGCAGCCGUUGUUAUUAUUGUGUUGACAUUGGUUUGUCUAAUAAUGUGGUCCCGUCGUUGGCAACGUGAGCAGAAGAACGCUAUUGGUUCGCCAGUCUUUGGCUACAUGAAUACGGCGCCAAUGAAAUCCGCUGGUCUGCCGGGACAACCGGGCUAUCAAGUGACAUUGGAGGAUCGUAUGCGUUGGGCGCAGAUCGCUGAUGUAAUGGCACAGACAAACCAUUACGGGGCUGAACCAGUCGGACCCACACGUCCAUCGUCGGCAAUGUUCGCUUAUCCGAAUCUACAAACUAUGGGUAUGGGCACUAUGGCAGGCAUGUCGAUGCAAGGCACCAUGCAGAUGCAUCAGGCAGGCAGUAUGGCACCGCCAGUUCCUCUGCCACGAAGACUGGGGCUGAGUGCACGAUCGAAUGGCAUGCGAACCUUGGAGAAUUCCAGCUCAAGUGAGGAAGAGGACCGAGCUGAUUUGCUCGGCCGUAAUUUUCAAGUACCGCGACCAAAGAGUAGAAGUAAUGGAAGCAUAGCGAAUCAGUCGGGCAUCUACUAUGACGUAGAUUACGAGCCAUCAGGCAAUGGCAUCGGGAACACGAGUGUGGAUCAUUUGUACGGUUCGCAAAAUCAGUCAUCCUCUCACUCACACACGCACUCACACUCACACAGUGGCAACAAUCACAUACCGGGACCACAAGGCAUACCAAUGAGCACUUACACAUCCGGACGGGCCCCAAGUAGUUACUAUAUGAAAUAAUUCCGUUAUCUACUACUACUAGUAUGUAUGUAUAAUGUUAGUAUGUAUGAAUAUGCCUGCUUGCAGUAAAGCAUUCGUAAGUCGACGCGGACGCAUUUGUUGAACUUCGGAUUUUCAAAAUCGAGGUUCACUUCAAUUCUUGUAAUAUGCCUUAAGAGCUAGUCGUUAAGAGAAUAUGUAGCUGUAAAUAUGAAUUUAUGAAAUAAAACGAUACUAUUAAUUUAUUGUAUUUAAAAUCAUACCUAGUAAGUCAAAGUAACUGUUAGUUAAGCUAAGUCUAUUUAUCGCUCCCAUACUAACUUCGUCUAACUUCGGCUCAAGAACGCUUGUGUCUAUGUAUGUUUAAGUAUCGCAACGCAGUAUCUUGAAGAAUGCAAUAUUUUUUAAUAACUUUUGAAUUUGUUUAUAAAAU